CUCAUUCAGGGGGCAGGGGAAAUGGGCGGGAAACGCGCAAAAUUUGAAAGUUCACCCGGAAACAACGCUCGAGAUAAGAGUGUGCUUCUUAGCUAGUUUAUUUGUUGACGUAAAAAGUAUUGUUGUUACGGCAUGGCGGUUUGAUUGUAUGUGACAAAAAAUGUUGAAGUUCAAAUACGUCAGUCAAGGCAACGUGAAAGGUCUCUCCUCUGCCGCUGACCCUAUUACCAGCCGCAGCCUGAGACUCAACCAGGUGUUUCAGGGAAAAGUCAACUUAGGUGCAGCAGCAGGAGGAGGAAGCUUAGGACGGGAGGAAUUUCUGGAAGCCUUGUUGCUUCUCUACCAGGAGUGCACGUCUCCUGAGCUCAAGAAGAUACGUCAUGUGGCAACGUUUGUCAAUAAAUUCUCUGACGCAGUGUCAGAGCUGCAGGCUCUGCAGCCAGGCCUUCAGGACUUUGAGUAUCGUGCAGUAGUGGGUCGCGGUCGCUUUGCUGAAGUCCAAGUUGUCCGAGAGAAAGCCACAGGAGAUGUUUGUGCACUUAAAGUGAUGAAGAAAGAAGUUCUACGCACUAAAGACAAUGUUGUUUUUUAUGAGGAGGAAAGGAGGAUCUUGUCUAUGAACAGUAGUCCAUGGAUCCCACAGCUUCUCUACGCCUUCCAGGACAAAGAGCACGUCUACCUGGCGAUGGAGUACAUGCCAGGUGGUGACCUGAUGUCCCUGCUGAACCGAUACGAGGAUCAGUUUGAUGAAGCCAUGGCUCAGUUUUAUUUGGCCGAGCUGAUAGAGGCCAUUCAUGCUGUCCACCAGCUGGGCUACGUCCAUAGAGAUGUCAAACCAGAAAACAUUCUCAUCGACCGGACUGGUCACAUUAAGGUAUCCGACUUUGGAUCCGCUGCCAGACUGACCGUUAACAAAACAGUCACUGCUCCUACAGUGCCCGUUGGAACCCAGGACUUUUUGUCCCCUGAGGUCCUGGCAGCCGUGAACGGUGGCGCUCAGGGCACCUAUGGGAUUGAAUGUGAUUGGUGGUCCGUUGGGGUCAUUGCCUAUGAGAUGAUCUAUUCCAAGUUACCAUUUUCUGAUGGCACUUCAACCAAGACUAUCCACAACAUCAUGCAUUUCCAUCGGUAUUUAAAAUUUCCAGAAGAGCCACGUGCCAGUAAACAGUUUGUCGACUUGGUGCAGAGCUUGCUGUGUGGAGCAAAAGAGCGACUCGGCUACCAGGGACUCCGGUGUCACUCUUUCUUCUCCACUGUAGACUGGAACAACCUAAGACAAGUUCUCCCGCCUUUCGUUCCUGCAUUGCAAGCUGAAGAUGACACCUCUAAUUUUGAGGAGCCGGAGCAGGCUGCCCCCUGGCCAGCUUCUGCCAACCAGCAAGGAGCUCUGCCGGCGGGCUUCCACGGCCAGGAUCUGCCCUUUCUAGGCUGGUUCUUCAGCAGAGCUUUGACAUUAUUGGUCAAAUCGGAGUCUGUGUCUGCAGGCCUCAACUCUCCUGCAAAGAACAACUCCAUGGAAAAAAAGCUGCAUCUGAAAAGCAAAGAGUUACAAGAAACCCAAGACAAAUGUCACAAGAUGGAGCAAGAAAUCUCCAGGUUUCAGCGUAAAAUGUCUGACCUGGAAACGGUGCUUCACCAGAAAGAUGUGGAGCUUAAGGCCUCUGAGACUCAGAGGAGCAUCCUGGAGCAAGACCUUGCCACCUACAUCACUGAAUGCAGCAGCCUGAAGCGAAGUUUAGAGGAGGCACGCGUUGAGGUUUCCAGAGAAGAUGAUAAAGCCAUGCAGCUCCUCCACGACAUCAGAGAGCAGAGCAACAAGCUGCAGGAAAUCAAGGAGCAAGAGUACCAUGCACAGCUGGAGGAGAUGCAGGUCACCAUCCGGCAGCUGGAGGAAGACCUGGCAGCUGCUCGGCGACGCAGCGAUCUCUAUGAAGCCGAGCUCCGAGAGUCCCGACAAACAAGUGAAGAACUCAAACGCAAGGCUGUUGAAUAUCAGCAGAGAAUCCAGAAGGCCAAGGAGCAAGGAAAAGCUGAGGUUGAGGAGCUUCUGUCUAAACUUGAGAAGACCAACGCUGAACAACAGGUGAAAAUUCAAGAGCUGCAAGAUAAACUGUCUAAGGCAGUGAAGGCAAGCACAGAGGCCACUGAGCUGCUGCAGAACGUCCGGCAGGCUAAGGAGCGGCUGGAGCGAGAUCUGGAGCGUCUGCGGGGCAAAACUGACUCCAGUGAUACUCUGAAACGCCGCCUGAGAGAGACCGAGCAGGAGGGCAGGAAGACCCUGGAGAAUCAAGUUAAGAGGCUGGAGAUGGUUGAGCGCAGGGAGAAUAAGCUGAAAGAUGACAUUCAGACCAAAUCCCAGCAGAUCCAGCAGAUGGCUGAAAAGAUCCUGGAACUGGAGGAUAACCUGAGGGAAGCCCAGUCGACAGCUCAGAGGAUGGAAACUCAGCUGGUCCAAAAAGAGAGGCUUUUUGAAGACAAGAUCAAGGUUCUUGAGGCCCAGAUGAAGGUGGACCUGGCCGACAAGGAAAGCCUGGAGGCGAAAAGAGCUCAGCAAGAGGAGGAAUCCAGAGAGAAUUGUAAACUGAUCAGCGAACAGAAAGCAACCAUUAAUGCUAUGGAUUCAAAGAUGAAAAACCUGGAGCAGCGCAUCGCUGAGCUGUCAGAGGCUAACAAGCUCGCUGCUAACAGCAGCAUCUACACUCAGAAAAAUAUGAAAGCCCAGGAGGAGAUGAUCUCGGAGCUUCGACAGCAAAAAUUUUAUUUGGAGUCGCAGGCGGGUAAGCUGGAAGCCCAAAACGCCAAACUGGAGGAGCACCUGGAAAAGAUGAGUCAGCAGGAGCAGACCAAGAGAACGCGGCUUCUGGAGCUGGAGAGCAGGCUGCGCGAGAUGGGCCUGGAACACGAGGAAGAGAAGCUGGAGAUUAAGAGGCAGGUGUCGGAGCUGACUUUGUCGCUGCAGGAACGCGAAUCCCAGAUCAGCAGCCUGCAGGCGGCUCGCCUCGCCUUGGAGAGUCAACUGCAGCAGGCCAAGAGGGAGCUGGAGGAGACUACGGCUGAAGCUGAAGAGGAGAUCACCGCGCUGAGGAACCACAGAGAUGAGAUUCAGCGCAAGUUUGAUGCCUUAAGGGACAGCUGCUCAGUGAUCACUGACCUGGAGGAGCAGCUCACUCAGCUUAGUCAGGAGAAUGCAGAGUUGAAUCGUCAAAACUUCUACUUAUCGAAACAGCUCGAUGAAGCAUCAGACGAGAGGGAGGACCAGCUGCAGCUCAGCCAGGAAGUAGACCGUCUUAGGAGAGAAGUGGCCGACCGGGAGAUGCACCUCAACAACCAGAAACAGAAUAUUGAAACGCUGAAGACCACAUGCAGCAUGCUGGAAGAGCAGGUUGUGGAGCUGGAGUCUCUCAACGACGAGCUGCUGGAGAAAGAGCGGCAGUGGGAAGCCUGGAGGACGGCUCUGGAGGACGAGAAAGACCAAGCCGAGAGGCGCAACAGGGAUCUGCAGAGGAUGCUGGACAGUGAAAAACAGAACAGGCUGCGUGCCGAGCAGCGCAGCACCGAGUCUCGUCAGGCGGUGGAACUGGCUGUCAAGGAGCACAAGGCUGAGAUCCUGGCACUACAGCAGGCUUUGAAGGAGCAAAGACUGAAGGCUGAAAGUCUGUCUGACACACUCAAUGAUCUGGAGAAGAAGCAUGCCAUGCUGGAGAUGAACGCCAGAAGCCUACAACAGAAACUGGAAACGGAGAGGGAACUCAAGCAGAGGCUCAUGGAAGAACAAGGAAAGCUCCAGCAGCAGAUGGAUCUCCAGAAAAGCCACAUUUUCCGUCUGACCCAGGGCCUUCAGGAUGCUCUGGAUCAAACCGACAUGCUAAAAACUGAGAGAACGGACCUGGAGUACCAGCUGGAGAAUAUACAGGCUGUUUAUUCUCACGAGAAAGUGAAGAUGGAAGGAACCAUUUCCCAACAGACCAAACUCAUCGACUUUCUGCAGGCCAAAAUGGACCAACCCACCAAAAAGAAAAAGGGAAUAUUUGGGCGGCGGCGAGAAGAUGUUGGCACCACAACUAAUGGAGCCCUGGCUCCUCAAGUGCUACCGGCAGUUCCAAUGCAGUACGGUGACAUGAAACUGGCCUUGGAGAAGGAACGUUCCAGAUGUGCCGAACUGGAAGAGGCUCUGCAGAAGAUGAGGAUAGAGCUGCGGUCACUCAGAGAGGAAGCGGCUCAUUUCAAAGCCCAGGAACACGUGGCUCCCUCCACUCCGGCCCAGGCUCGACACCAGAUCCUAAUGUCAGCCAUUGUUAAAUCUCCAGAACACCAACCCAAUCCCAGCAGUUUACUGAACCCCUCCACUCGCUCCAAGGAGACUUCUACACCUGAAGAAAAGAGGAGGGUCACGUUUGAAAAGUUUGGUCGUCGUGUGAAAGAAAGAAUGCACCACAACAUCCCCCAUCGUUUCACUGUGAGCCUCAACAUGAGGGCUGCCAAAUGUGCCGUCUGCCUGGACACUGUUCAUUUUGGAAGGCAGGCUGCCACUUGUUUAGAGUGCAACACCAUUUGCCACCCUAAAUGCUCACCGUGUCUGCCAGCGACCUGCGGUCUGCCGGCUGAGUAUGCCACACACUUCUCAGAGGCGCUGUGCCGGGAAAAGGCGAACUCACCUGCUCUACAAGUGAAAGAGGCCAGCGGACACGUCCGCUUAGAGGGUUGGAUGAAGCAGCCGAGAAAUGGCAAGCGUGGCCAGCAGGGCUGGGAGAGCAAAUAUGUGGUUCUGGAUGGAACCAAACUGUCCGUCUAUGACUCUGAGCCCAGAGAAGAUUGUAUCGGUGCGGAGGAGGAGUUUGAGCUGUGUUUGCCUGAUGGAGAUGUGACGGUUCACGGAGCCGUCGGUGCCUCUGAGCUCAUCAACACCGCCAAGUCAGACAUCCCUUAUGUUUUAAAACUGGAGUCUCAUCCACACACCACAUGCUGGCCCGGUCAGUCUCUGUACUUCAUGGCUCCCAGCUUCCCUGAUAAGCAGCGCUGGGUGGCCGUGCUGGAGUCCGUUGUGGCGGGGAGUCGAGGAUCUAGAGACAAAGCAGAGGCUGAUGCUGCAGGUGUUUGUAAAAGACAGAAGAACCUGUCUCCUCUGGUUCAGAAACUUCUGGGCAAUUCUCUUCUGAAGCUGGAGGGUGAUGACCGUUUGGACAUCAACUGUACUCUGCCGCUCACUGACCAGAUUGUCCUGGUUGGCUCUGAGGAGGGCCUGUACGCUCUCAAUGUCAUCAAAAACUCUCUGACCCACAUCCCAGGACUGACUUCAGUCUUCCAGAUCCAGAUCCUGAAGGAGCUUGAUAAGCUACUGAUGAUCACUGGCGAGGACAGGGCUCUGUGUCUUGUGGAGAUCAAGAAGGUGAAACAGUCCUUGUCACAGUCUCAUCUGCCAGCACAACCAGACCUCAGCCCCUUCAUCUUUGAGACCGUUAAGGGAUGCCACCUCUUCUCCUCUGGCAAGAUUGAUAAUGGGCUGUGCAUCUGCGCGGCGAUGCCAAACAAGAUUACAAUCUUGAGACACAAUGAAAGCCUCAACAAGUUCUGCAUCAGAAAGGAGAUUGAGACCUCUGAGCCCUGCAGCUGUAUUCACUUCACUGGCUACAGCAUCAUCAUCGGCACCAACAAGUUCUAUGAGAUUGAGAUGAAGCAGUACGUUCUAGAAGAGUUCCUGGAUAAAAACGACGUGACGCUGGCCUCCGCCGUCUUUGCUGCAUCCUCCCACAGCUUCCCCAUCUCCAUCAUCCAGGUCACCACGGCCCCGCAGAAGGACGAGUACCUGCUCUGUUUCCAUGAGUUUGGCGUGUUUGUGGACGCAUACGGCCGCAGGAGUAGAACAGAUGACAUCAAGUGGAGUCGGCUUCCUCUUUCAUUUGCAUACAGAGAGCCCUACCUGUUUGUAACUUACUUCAACUCUCUGGAUGUCAUCGAGAUUCAGGGACACAUAGCCCUUGGGCCGCAUUCCUACGCUCAUUUGGACAUCCCAAACCCUCGCUAUCUUGGCCCAGCCAUCUCCUCUGGAGCAAUCUACCUGGCCUCUUCCUACCAGAAUAAACUGCGAGUCAUUUGCUGCAAAGGCAACCUAAUCCAGAAUCAAGAUGGCGGAGAUCUGCAGCGGAACGGAUCUGGACGCAGUCCUAACAAACGGGGGCCUCCUUCCUACAACGAGCACAUCUCCAAAAGGCUUGCCGCCAAUCCUCUGGUCCACGGCGAUCCUGGCACGCCUCACCGUUACCGAGAGGCCCGCACAGAGUUCCGGCGGGACAAGUCCCCCAGCCGUCCGCUGGAAAGGGAAAAGUCUCCCGGCAGGAUGCUGGAGAGCCGCAUCGUCAGUUCUCCCGGCAGGGCCAUGGCCGAUCCCCGGUUAGAGCGCUCCCCAGGCAGAGCUAUGGGAGACCCCCGCAUGGACCGAUCCCCCGGCCGCAUGAUGGAUGUUCGGAGGGAGCGCUCUCCUGGCCGGUUUGAGGAGCGUCAGAGACUUCAUACUGGAUCUGGGCGCACACCCAUAAACCCCGUUAACAAGGUUUGGGAUCAGUCGUCUGUUUGAGAGAGCGAGGACGGGGAAUUUCAUCUACAGAGAAACUGAGACUGUCACGAACACUGCCGCGCAUCUGUUUCACCUGAACUGGAAGACCCACAUCAGCGGUAGCUGUCAGAGCACAGUCUGCAAACUCAAAUAAAUCAUUGAGUAGAAUCCAAUUUUGUUUAAAGACUGGUCAACAAAAUGCCACAUUAACCACCAGAGCGGGGGGGCGUUUGUGAUGUGUAGCUGCAAAUGCUCUCCAUAGAUUGGGUUCAGUUUAAUUUCUUUCAAAUAUUUGAGAUAAAAUUCUCAAAUGAAACAUUUAUCUUUUGCUAGUUUCACCUUCAGAUUGUAGAUACUCACAGAAAAAAGCACAUCUGUAGCAAAUGCACACAGUCGGUUGUAUCUGCAUAAAAAGGUUGACAAAAAGUAACAAUAAGCAACUUUUUUCACGGUCUUCUGAAGCUCCAAUCAGGGCAGAUGCGUUGCAGGUCACACACCUCUGUCAACACACAAUCAGCAACUACAAUCAUCGUCAUCUGGGUUUCUGCCGACAGCUCUCGAGCUGCAGAGCGACUAAAGGAAGAACAAAAAAGAAAAUCAAUGAACCCUCCCCGUAGAUUAUCUGUUUGUGAUAACACUAAAAGUGCACUAACCACAACCCCCAGCAGCGAUGGAGCAGAGUCUUUCUAACCCUCCAGGACGUAAUCUAGAUUGUAAAUAGACGAGACAUAAUUUUAUAUAUAUUUACUGAGAAGGAAUUUCAAGGCUGGACAAGCCGUGUCUAUUUUUGUUAAAGAAAACCAGUGAUAAAGUGUCCUCUUGAAUGUCCGACGAGUAUUCUUUUAUUACGUACUAAUGUCCUUUUAUCAAGUGAUUGUAUCGGGAUCGGACUCGUGUGUGAACUUCCAUCCGUCAAAGGCAAAACCUCAGUGCUGAACUACAUGAAGGAGAUUAAGGGACAAGCAGGAAAAAAAAAAUCAUGUUUGAAAGCUUACAAACACAGUAUUUAAGCCUUUCUUUUGUACAGCGUCCCUUACUGUUGUAAAAAUGUUUACAGUGAAGUUGAAAUGAAUCCUCGUUUUUUUCCUCCCGAUUCAUAAAAUGGCAUGGAUAUGUAUACCUGAUCUGAACCAGUCUUCUGCCCCAUCUUUACUCCCCUAUUCAAAAACAAAGCACGUGAAUUAUAUCCUUUAUUUUUAUCAAUGACUGUGCGUUUUCACAUGCAUCGAUUUGACUUAAACUUACUUUUCUUUAUAAAGUCAUUAAUUGGGAAACUAAAACACUUCAUGUGGUUAACACAUAUUGGCAUCCUUUUAUAUAAAGAUCUCAUUUUUGUGCUUUUUGAAUGUGCAAAGAUAAAAUCCCCGACAGUUUGUUGUGCUCACUUAUAGAGCGUUCUUUUUUGGGAGUAAAUAAAAUCUUCCUGAAUGUAUUCAAGCCAAGAAGAGGAAUUUUUAAACACCAAAUGCAGCAGGUUGCACAUGUUUUCAGCCGGUCUCUGUAGGAUUAUCCAUUCUAAUUGCUUUAUUUUUUUUAAAAUCAUUUUUAGUGUCUUUUAUUCUUUCACAUGAUUCUGAUCAUAAUGCUGUAACGCUGGAUAUGAUAUUAAAGUCUGCUAACAAAUGUUUAAUUAGCUUUCUCUGUAGAGAUUUUGUCACAGAAUAUUAUAAACAUUGUCUAUAA